CCCUGUCACUCAGCCGUGACAGACGCCACACUGCUAGCUGUUUCGAAAAUGAAACUGGGGUCGAGUGGCUCUAAAGAAAACGAAAACAACACGGUUGUCAGAUAAAAACCGCGGCGCAUUCACUCUUUUAACCCGGUACAGCGGAGGCAGAACAACACAAGGGCUGGGAAUGUUGAGUAAACAGAGCUGGAUAGGACGUACUGUACUGCAAUGGAGGACAAUGUGGUAAGGCCUCAGUGGAAGCUGUAGCCUAAGUCUGUAGCAGCGGGCUCGGCUAUUUGGUGAGAGAGAAGCUGAUGUCACUAUGGCGCACUUCGACACAGAGUACCAGCGCCUGGAGGCGUCCUACAGCGACUCUCCCCCUGGGGAGGAGAACCUGCUGAUGCAUGUGCCUGAAGGAGCCAAAUCCCAAUGGCACCACAUAGAAAACCUGGACCUGUUUUUCCAGAGAGUCUAUAAUCUGCACCAGAAGAAUGGAUUCACCUGUAUGCUGCUGGGAGAGAUCUUUGAGCUUGUUCAGUUGCUGUUUGUGGUUGGCUUCACAGUGUUCCUAGCUAACUGUGUGGACUAUGACAUACUCUUUGCCAACAAGUUUGUAAAUCACACCGAUUCAUCUAAAGUCACCUUGCCUGAUGCCUUCCUCCCAGUGGAUGUCUGUAGUGCCCGUAUCCGAGACAAUUCAUUUGUGAUCUUCGUGCUGAUAAUCUCUGGUGUGUUUUGGCUACAUCGCCUGGUCAAAUUCAUCUACAACGUCUGCUGCUACUGGGAGAUCCGAUCCUUCUACAUCAACGCACUCAAGAUGACCAUGUCAGAACUCCCCUAUGCAACAUGGCAGGAGGUCCAGGCCAGGAUAGUGGAGAUCCAGAAGGAACACCAGAUCUGCAUCCAUAAAAAAGAACUGACAGAGCUUGACAUUUACCACCGCAUCCUCCGCUUUAAAAACUACAUGGUUGCCAUGGUGAACAAAUCACUCCUUCCUGUGCGGUUUCGACCUCCUGUACUCGGGGAGUGUGUGUUCUACACGCGGGGUCUCAAAUACAAUUUUGAGCUCAUCUUCUUUUGGGGGCCAGGCUCUCUGUUUGAGAAUGAGUGGAGCCUGAAACAAGAAUACAAGAGAGGAGGUAACAGGCUUGAGCUGGCAGACAGGCUGGCCUCCCGCAUUCUGUGGAUUGGGAUUGCCAAUCUGCUGCUGUGUCCAGUCAUUCUGGUGUGGCAGAUUCUCUACGCCUUCUUUAGUUACACAGAAGUGAUCAAGCGAGAGCCUGGUUCUCUGGGAGCGAGAUGCUGGUCUCUCUAUGGUCGAUGUUACCUGCGUCACUUCAAUGAGUUGGACCAUGAGCUCAUGUCACGCCUCAGCAAAGGGUACAAGGCCGCAUCCAAGUAUAUGAACUGUUUCCUCUCACCACUGCUGACGGUGGUUGCCAAAAAUGUAGCGUUUUUUGCCGGGUCCCUUCUGGCUGUCCUCAUCGCCCUGACUAUCUAUGAUGAAGAUGUUCUUGCUGUUGAACAUGUUCUCUCAUCCAUCACACUGCUUGGAGUGUGUAUCACAGUCUGCAGAUCAUUUAUUCCUGAUAAGCACAUGGUGUUUUGUCCUGAGCAGCUGUUACGGGUUAUCCUGGCUCAUAUCCAUUACAUGCCUGACCACUGGCAGGGCAAUGCACAUAGAUAUGAGACCCGAGACCAGUUCUCCCAGCUCUUCCAGUACAAAGCAGUGUUUAUUCUAGAAGAGCUGAUAAGUCCAGUGGUGACUCCCAUCAUCCUCAUCUUCUGUCUGAGGAGAAAGUCUCUAGAGAUCAUUGAUUUCUUCAGGAACUUCACUGUAGAGGUGGUCGGGGUUGGAGACACUUGCUCCUUUGCCCAGAUGGACAUCAGACAGCAUGGACACCCUGCGUGGAUGUCAGAAGGGAAGACAGAGGCGUCUAUCUACCAACAGGCAGAGGAUGGGAAGACAGAGUUAUCUCUGAUGCACUUUGCCAUCACCAACCCUCAGUGGCACCCUCCUCAGGAGACCACACACUUCAUCAGCCAGCUGAAAGAACGAGUUCACAGAGAGGCAACAGGGGCUUCAGACACACACCCACUCUCACUGUCUGAGUCUGAGCCAAGGAGCCUCAUUGCAAACCUCUUGGGAGGUCCAUCUACCCUGAACUCCGUUCAUUUCGGGAGGGACAGCUCUUUGACCAAUCAUGCAGCAGCUGGUCUAAGCGAUGGGGCAUCUGCCUUACGCUCCCUUUCCCCAAUCAGCAGCAGUCUUCACCUGAAAGGCAGUUUGAGUGCAGCUCACAGGGCUGGCCACACUUCAGCCAUGAGCAAAGCAAUGGCAAGCUCUGGGACUGAUGCCCGGACUGUGAGCUCAGGCAGCAGUGCAUGGGAGGGUCAACUCACCAGUCUGGUCCUGUCAGAGUAUGCCUCUACUGAGAUGAGCAUCCAUGCUCUCUACAUGCAUGAGCUACACAAGCAGCAGUCUCGUGGCGAGCAUUCCCGCCACACAUGGCACCGGCAGGAGAGUGAUGAGAGCAGCGACAGCGUCCCCGAUGAAGUGAGAAGCGAACCCAACCCUCACUCCAGAAAUUUCCCUCGCUCACACACUUUCCCCACCACAGUUCCCAGUCCCAGUGCCAUUCCUACUUCAGCUUCAGCCACCAGCAGUACCAUGCUGGGCCAGGGGGGGGCAUCAUCACAAAGCAGCACCCAACAGCGCUAUAGUGGACCUGCCACAGACUCUUUUGGUGCAGGGGGGAAGGUAGUGAGGUCAGCCCGUGUGCCCAUGGGCGGGUGGGCAGAGGACGGCCAGGCAGCACCACGACGCCAUGAGCCACUCCCAGAGGAGAGCUCAGAGGAUGAAAUGCCUCCUCACGUCCACAAGAUCACAUAACCAGGCCAUGUGAAUAAAUGUCAGCGUCCCACCCUCCAUAGACAAGCAAACACCCAUCCUCGUUCCUCAACGAAACAACAUAUGAAGACGGACAUGUGCAAGACUGCUGUACCAUGAUCCCUAAAAACACUUAAAUAGGGAAAUCAUCUGGACAUCUGACUGAUGCCACCAUCAACCUUUGAAGAUGCUACAUGACUUACUAUACAUGCCUAAACAGGCAGACAGGUUAUAUAUCUGAAUUUGUGUAUCAGAAGAGGACCUAGAAGAUCAAGUUAUUUCUAAUAGCAAUUGAUACUAUCAGAAUACACUACAGUCUUUGAUAAUUUCAAAAGAUUACAUAAUGAAAGUGCAUGUGUGAUGUAAACCAAAAUUCACCACUACUGGAGGCAUCCUUGGCACAUUGCCGCAGCAGAGACAUACACAUAUAUUUGCUCAAACUGUGAUCACAAUAAUUGAAGUAAUGCUAUCUGUAUUGUUUCCCCUUCUACAAAUCAGAUGAGCAUGAGAAGUUCAAUUUGAAGAAUGUGUUUUGUCCCUCAAACAAUAAUAGCAUUCACCUAAAUGUGCUCAGAAUGAGGCUGGUAACACACUGACUUUCAUUGUGUGUAUCUGUUCUUGUGAUAGUAGGAGGCUGUGUGUCUUACCCUGCGCUCUGUAUUUCAGCUGGCAUUCUGCCUCUUUGCAACAAAUAUGAAGGCAAAUAUUUUCAAAUUCACCGUUAACAUUAUAGCUUGACAUUUUAAAAGCAUUUUACUCCUGAGGAUUUUGUUUUUUAAUUAUUUUUGCAUUUAUUGCAUUAGAAAGUUAUUUCACAGGGUCUGGGAAUCUGUUUGCACAGAUGGCACAGAUAGUUGUUUAGAAAAUAUUUGUACAGCAUAGCCCGGUAUUCUGCACGCACACAUGUACUGUGUAAAUAAAUUUUAUCACAUUAUUUCACAGAAAUCAUUCAAAACAUUAAGUUAAUCAAAUUUACACAAUUAUAAGGCCAACAUGUUUGAAGUGGUAACCAGAGAUUUAACCCAGGUUUUUAUUAUCAUAAUUUUUUUCAACAGACUUGCAAAAGGGUGCAACAAACAAACAAGGAUGUUUUAAGCAUGUAGUAUUGACUCCUGUGCCAUACAAAAAGCCCUCAAGCACAAGUGCAUGACCAUCAUCCACACAUUCUUCUAAAGAGUUGUAACUCAUCCCACAAUAAGAAUAUUGUACAUUACCAUCCUCCACUUCUGCUUAAUCACAGCAUGACCUUUUCCUGUUCCCUGUCAUUAAGCCUCAGUUCUUUAAAAGAAUAAUGCACUUUAAUAAUUAGUUAACGCAGAGGGUAUCACUUGUUUGUAUGUGUAUGUUUUCAUAUAUAUAUAUUUUGUAAUUAUUUUAUUUAUCAAAAGGGACGUGCCAUGAUGAUUGACAGCUGUGAAUCAAGGUUGUGUUUGUAAACGUGGGUCGGGAUAAAGAAUCACUGUCGCACUGCUAACCUAUGCUGAUUAUUAUUAUCAUGCUCAAGGAUGCAGUGAUUCAGUGCGGUAACGUUAGACUAAAAGUGAUUGUGUUGGGAUGGGGGACGGGACGGUCGUUGUUUGUUUUAUAGAUCCUGUAAAAUACCAUUUUGUACAGCUGUAAAUUCAUCCAUUAAAGACAAUUAAGGCAA